CGAGCAAUGCCUACUUUCAUAACCAAGUUUGUUGCACGCUCAAGUGGUUUGUUAUUUCUGUUAUGGAUGACUUUUUGUGUUAUUCUCGUGUGUGAUGUUCUAUUACCCAUUUUGUUGUUGAUUUGCUGGCUUUGUCGUGCAAAAUAUAUUACUCGUCGACUUCAGUCGUUUGUUCUUCGCAUAUGGAUGUCUCAUUUUAUAUUUUAUGUAGAACGACUAGCAGGGGUAGAAUUGGUUAUUACAGGGGAUAAGUUUGUUAGAGGAGAAAGUGCAGUUGUAGUUUGUAAUCAUCAAAGUUGGACAGACUCCUUAAUUCUUUAUUCAGUUGCUCGUCAAGUUGGAAGACAUGGAGACGUCAAGUUCUUUGCCAAAAAGUCGCUAGCUUAUUUUCCAUUUUAUGGAAUAGCUGCAGUUUUAGUGAGAGUUUGUAUAUUUAUUACUCGGCAUAUGGACAGAGAUCGUAAGAUUUUCCGCCGCAUAUUUUCCUAUUUAACGGAUGCUUCUGGACAAUGGCCUUUUUGGCUGAUUAUAUUUUGUGAAGGAACAAGAUUUAAUCUGAACAAAAGAGAAAAGUCCCAAGAGUUUGCCAAGAAACAUGAUCUUCCUGUUUUGUACAAUGUAUUGUUGCCAAAAACUGGAGGAUUUAGUGCGAGCGUUUCAUCUUUAAGAGACAAUAUUGGAGCUUGUUAUGACAUUACUAUCGGUUAUCCUUCCUUACAAGGACAAGUGGGUCCUUCUAUUUCGGAUAUUUUAUUUCGACAUCAGUUUGGUAGACAAAAGUGGGUAGUUCAUGUUCAUCAAAAAAGAGUACCUAUCCAACUUAUUGGCGACAGUGAAGAAGAAAUGAAAGAAUUGCUUUAUAGAGUCUAUAAAGAGAAGGACAAACAAAUGGAAAACUUUAAAACUAAUGGAAAUUUUGAUGGAACGAACAUUCCUUUCCACAAAUUAUCUGUGAUGGAUCUAUUUUUUUGUUUUGUUUGUUUCUUUGGAUUGUCCCUUUUGGUUUUGGUCGGGCUAAUUUGGUUAUUCCAGUUGAUUCGUUUUUCUAAUUGAAUAUGGGUAAAGUGGUGUAGAGAUUGUGCUUAAUAAGUCUGUGUAAAAGGGACACUGAGUUUUCUCUA